AUGGACUUCUUCCAAGAAGUUGACGGAGAACUCGUCACAGGCAUCAAUUGCCAACUCCCCGGCGGCUGUUCGGAUGAGUUUAAUCAAAUGGGAGCAGACGAGGUGUGGGGUCAAGACGGCAUGAUCAAGGAACAAUGUCUGAUGCAAGACCUUGAGGGGGACAUUAAGCCCCUUUUCUCUAUCAUUGAAAUCAGGCCUACACACUUUUUCAAGGUCGGAGAUGAGGGGAUCUACGGCUUUAGCGAAAAUACCGGAGAAUUUUUCAAGACUAAAGACCCAGACAAUGUAGUCGGCAUUGUAGGGCGGCUCAAGGAGGCGGAACUCAUGGUUGCGGCGUUACUUACUGAACCUAUGUCAUUAUCGUUAGAUUAG